AUGUCGCAAAUGGUAAAAAAAACUUUUUUAAUAUUAAUAAUUUUAAUAAUUAUAUUACCUACUAAUGUUAAUGCAUGGGAUUGGGGUGAUUUUCAUAAAUUUGCUGUUGUUUUCUUUACUAUAUUAGGUUUUGGUCUUGGUUUUGGUGGAAUAUUAAUUGUAGUUUAUUUUGGUUUUAUGAGAAAUUGUCUUAAAAAACAUCAAGAAGAUGUAUUACAUACUCAUAGAGCAUUCCAUCCAUGGCCACCUGGUUCAGUUCAAUGGGAAAGACAAAAAACUUAUAGAGAAAAUACAGAAAGAAGUAUGAGAAAUGAAGGAGUUUCAAAUCAAUAUGAUAAAACAAAUUAUGAAACAGCAAAUAUUCCAUAUAAUACACUUUCAAAUUAUCCAUAUGAAAUUAAAGAAAAAUAUGAUGAAAAUAUUCCUUAUAAUAAAAAAGGAUUAGAAGAACAAGGACAUUCAACAAAUGAACUUUUCCAAAAACCAUAUCUUAAGACAUCUUUUAAUACACAUAAUAUUUCACCAUCUUUUACUCAUAUAGAAACACAAUUUACACAACCUGAAGUUUUUCCAUACAAUACAUCUUAUCAAAUAUCAUCUCCUUACUCAACAUAUAAAUAUCAGGAAAUGAUAAAUAAUAUUGAACAAUCUCCUUAUCUCAAAGACUUACAAUCACCAUAUCUUAUAAAUAAUAAAAAUAUAUCUACCAAUCAACAGUUACAACCAUCACCAUUAAUUUAUUCUUCUAUUCAAAAAGAAAGAACAUCUUUAAAAAGAAAUAUUAGUCCAAAUUCAAGAUUAUCACAAAUGAGGAAUGAAAAAAAUGACAACUUAAUAAUACGAAAUACAACAUUAAUUAAUGAAGAACAAUCAUUUAGAAGAAUGGAUACUCAUACAUACAUCUAA